CGACAGUCUUAAUUUAUGGAGAAAUGGUAGCACAGCAGUAAAGCUGGUUUCGCACUGCCGGUAAUUUUUUACGUAAUUUGGUCUCCAACACCAGGAAAAAAAUGAGACCUAUCAUGUUUCUUCUUUUUCUUGGUGUAAGCUGCACCAGGUCUGUUCCUUUGACCAACCUGCCGGAAAUUGUCUUGGGUUUGUAUGAGGCCAUACCAGAAAGUGAGGACAGCCAUUUUGACGAAUUAACCCACAUAUUCCAUCUAGCGGUAGCGGUUAACGAAAGAGAUCGUAGUUUAGCUGGAUUUCAUAAACAAGGCGACAGUUUUCGUCAGUACUUUAUAUCUGCCGACCAUCUCUACUCUGCAUAUAUUCCCUUCAAACUUGACGGAAAGCAAAAUAAAACAAUCAACGGCAGAGUUGUUGAGUACGAAUUUACUGCUGAGGGCGAUAACCAUGGAGCAACUAUUCGAGCAGCAUUCCGCGAAAUUAACGGCAGUCGAAAAUUUGAUGUGGUGGCCAUUUUCGACAGCAACGGUUACAAUGCUACAUACACCCGAGGAGAAUCCGUAGCCAGACGUAGCUACCGUCGCAUUUUGCCUGGAUAUGUUUUCGGCGCUUUCGAGCCGGAUCUCAGUCAAAGCUCUCCCAAUAUUAUCGACUUUUACAACAAUCUUUUUUCUCCUCCCAAAGGAUUCAGUUGGUCUAAGGACAGCAAAUUUCACCUGGAACGCUUCGACGACAAAUUCUGCGAGACGGCCAUCGUGGAUCCCAUGUCCACUUUGUACUACAAAACAGAGUUCCAUCUAAACCGGAAACAAACUGUAACUCACGGCAAUCAAACAGUCGAGUCUAAACACGAAAUUAUGAACAGCACACCCAACAGCACUACCGUGAGAAUUACAACCAAGUCAGCAAAGGGCACCUUUGUUAACACGUGUGUCCACGACCGCGCGGGAUUUACUUGCACUAUAGUGACUGAUAAAGGCGAAGUGAAAAGUCGAUACAGCCGGGUUAUGCCUUGGUUCUUCUACGGGAAAUUCGAAGAGGUUCCUGCGAUGACCGAAAACUACGAAAAAUUCCUCGAAGACGGCAGUAAGCACACGGAUUUCAUCUGUCCAGGCCAACAUUUAUGGGUUAUGGUUGGUUUCCUGUACUUGAGUGCUUUCUUCGAGGUUGCCCUUUGACAAUCAUCCGCACACUCUGGACAUGUACCGCACGGGUGAUCAUUAUGGCGCUCGCAAAACCUACAAGAACGGAACGAAAAUGGAUUUUGAAUUUAAACUAGAUAGCCCCGAGGAAUUUCAGAUUGGAAACAACACAUAUAAGUUUAGCGUUACCGCCCAUAAACGGCGAAAAAAUGACGUUAUUCUCGAAACCAGCGUGAAACUUGCCGGCACCGACAAGAAAUAUAUCGUUGAGGAAAUCGCUGCUCCUGAUGGAAUCUAUGUGAAAUAUAUACGAGGCAAUGUGGUUGCCAAGAAGUUUAUGCGCCGGCUUGUCUCUAAAACCGCAACUGGGACUUUCGAGAGCGAUGACCUCAACGAAGAAUUCAAGGCGUUUGCUAACCAUAUAGGCGCUCCGGAAAUGGCCAGAAAAGUGCCCAUGGAAUUCUCUCAAGCAAAAGACGGCACUUUCGUUCAAAAAAUUACGCACGAAGGAGAUCCGGUACACGAAAGUCAAAUAACAUUCGGCAAGCCCGAGGAACUAACUGUCCAUGGAAAAAAGCUCGAGCAAACAUGGUUUUAUUACGAGAUGGACAACACCCCGAUUCUGCAUGGCAAGAUCAACCAGACUGACAACGCUCAUAAUUAUUACGAAAUCACGGGCGUCUUCCGGUCAGAUGGAUUUACCGCUACUUUUAUCUACGACAAUAAGUCCAAAGUUGCUCGACGAAAUUUUGUCCGCAAAGGAGCAGCUGUUCCUUUCCAACCUAUCCAUCAAAAAUAAAGUUAAAACCAAAAGUAAUCUGUAUUACUUUUAUAAAAAGCCGUGGUUAAAUUUACUUACUGCGGUUAAUUAAACACUGUUAAUGCUUG